AUGGACGCAAUGGACGUGAACUGGUGCCUCACCUGCUCCCGACACAUCGACGUGGAGGGUAACGCCCCUUACUGCUCGCGCGAGUGCUACACCUCCGACCAGCCUGCUUCAUCCUCAGCCCUCGCGUCCCCCGUCUACAACGCCUUCGACAGCGCACCCAUCGCCGAGAGCAUCUCCGAGCUCGACGACUGCGACCUCUGCUCGCGCUUCGAGAGCUCGAUCACCACGACGGAGCGGAGCAGGUGGAUCGGGAAGGGAGAUGCAGGGAUCUAUGCGUGGGCGAGGGACGUUCCUCCGGGCCCGCCGAGCGGCCCCGACAGCGCCAUCUCCACCGCAGACCUCCGCCCGCCAAAGCUCCUGCAGACCACCCGCCGACCAGUCCCCCCCAGCCUUUGCAUGUCCAAAACGAUACCCGCGCCUGCACCGUCAGGCUCUUCACGACCCGUGCUCUCCUCCCUCCCGUCCCUCUCCAGCCAGUGCCCGACAAACACGAGCGUCGCCUCGCUCACGACCCCCUCCUCGUCCGUCUCCCCCGCUUCGCCAAUUGAAGCGUCUCCCUCUCCUUGCCCUCCGACCACGACCACGGUUGCAGUCAAGGGCGGUUUCAUCAGCGCCCUCACGGCGCAGGUCCGCUCGUGGACCGCGUCGUCCAAGGAGUGCCCGCGAUCCGAGACAGUGACACGACAGUCGCGGACGGCUUCUGCCGUCCAAGCCAAGGCCAGCCUUGGGUACGAGUUCGACGGCUACUGGGGCCUCUCGACAGAGAAGCUCCCCCUCACCGAUGAUCACCCAGCGUUCCGUGCGCGGGGUCGCCGCUCGUCGCGCGUCGUGUCAUGA